AAGAAGACGAAAGAAAAAAGGAGGAGGAGAUGGAAGGCCUAGAGCAGCAGAACAAGACCAGAGUUGUGAAGGUUGACUCUUUGGAGUCAUGGGAUUUCUAUGUUACCCAAGCCACCAAUCAAGGCACCCCUAUUGUCAUACACUUCACUGCUGCAUGGUGCAUACCUUCAGUGGCAAUGAACCCCUUUUUUGAAGAGUUGGCUUCAAGCUUCCCUGAUGUUCUGUUCCUCACAGUUGAUGUCGAUGAGGUUAAGGAGGCAGCAACCAAAUUGGAGAUAAAGGCCAUGCCCACAUUUGUGCUGAUGAAAAAUGGUGCUCCGGUUGACAAGCUUGUUGGUGCCAAUCCAGAAGAGAUAAGGAAAAGGAUAGAUAGUUUUGUUCAGUCCAUUCGUGUGUAUGUUGCCUAGUUAAUGUAUGUAUAUGUAUUUGGUAUUGUAUAUAUUUUGAACAUGUAAAAUAUGUGAUUGUGGUGGUCCAGCAUCAAGACAAAUGAUAAGUUGGUGUGCCUUUUGUGGGUGUGUGAUUUCAAUCUCAUAAGUGUAAAAGUGCUUCCUUCCUUUUAAAUCAAGUUGGCCAUGUUUUUUA